UGGGCUGGGGGCGAGCGAGGCCGGCGAUGUGGGGCUGGUGGCGGGUGCUGCCGCGGAUAGCGCAGCGCUACCCGUGGCCCACCAACGUGCUACUCUACGGGGCUCUGUAUUCGUCCGGGGACGCGGUGCAGCAGGUGCUGCGGGGCUACGGACCCGAUUGGCAGCAGACGCGGCGCGUGGCCAUCGUGGCCAUCGGCUUUCACGCCAACUUCAACUACGUGUGGAUGCAGGUCCUGGAGCGCGCGCUGCCGGGCCGGACGCCGCGCGCCGUGCUGAGCAAGGUGCUGUGCGACCAGCUGCUGGGCGGGCCCAUCGCGCUGAGCGCCUUCUACACGGGCAUGAGUAUACUUCAGGGGAAAGAGGAUGUGUUUUUUGACCUGAGGCAGAAAUUCUGGAAUACUUAUAAGACUGGUCUCAUGUACUGGCCUUUUGUGCAGCUUACCAACUUCAGUUUUGUUCCUGUUUACUUGAGAACAGCGUAUGUGGGACUCUGUGGCUUUAUCUGGGCUGCCUUCCUUUGCUACUCACAACAAAGCGGUGAUGGCACAGUGUCAUCGGCUUUUUCAUGGUUUAAGAAAAAGGAGGCCAGUGAAGUUGAAAGGUCCCCAGAGAAAUGAUUGCUUUUAAACAAAUUGUUCUCAUCAAGUGGCCAGAAUUUAUUUCCUAAAAUGCAAUGAGUUGAACCAAGGAAAUAUUAUGUUAUUUAAUAAUUCCUAUUUCUAAAUGUAGCAUGUUUCAUUAUGAAGUAUUAUUGUACCAUAGAGAAAAAGAAAUUUUGGUAUUAAUAGUUUUGUAUAUAUUUUAUUAUCAAAAUGUCUUUUCAUUUUUGUUUGAGAGAACAAAAGGGAUAGGGCUAUUGUCAAUUUUAUUUAUCUGAUUUAGUUAAUAUCAAUUAAAAAGUGUCAUUGCAAUACACGUCACUUUUUACCAUUCUUGUAAUUGGAUUAAAAAAUACUAUGAAAAUAC